CGGAAGGCGAUUUGUCAGCGCAACCCCACCAAAGUGUUAGAGCUGACCUUCCGCACAGUAUCGGGGAAUUCGAAUCAAUUUAGCGGAGGAAUUAGGAAAAGAAAAGAAAUACUCCUGCCAGGAGAAUGUUCUCAAUUAUUGCGAUCGAGCAAACACAUUAAUGGUGAAAGACGCUGGAAGUGGUGCACCUCUUUCAACGCGUCUUUCCUCUCUCUCUCUCUCUCUCUCUCUCUCUGAUCUGAGAUGUCAAUGCUCCAUCCUAUUCGUACAAAAGUUCCCUUCGGCAGGAGCUGCAAUAUGUAUUGAGAUUGAAUUCUGACAUGUUCUUUUAAGAACAAUGGGAGUUGAGGCAGCCACAGAGUCAUGGUUUAGUAAAAUGUGGAGAACUUCACGUAAGAGCAAAGUGUUGGAACCUGAAAAGGCCAAGAUUGGAAUUCUGGCAUUUGAAGUCGCAAGUUUGAUGUCUAACGUGGUUAACUUGUGGAAGUGUCUAAGUGAUGGGCAAAUUGUUAGGUUGAGGGAAGACAUACUGAACUCACUUGGUAUUAGAAAGCUUAUAUCAGAGGAUGAUGAUUAUCUAAUGGAUCUUUCACUUGCUGAAAUAAUGGAGAAUUUGGUAUGCUUGACAAAAUCAGUAGCAAGGCUUGGGAAAAAGUGCACAGACCCACUAUAUCACCAUCUUGAACAUGUUUUUGAUGACCCCAUUGCGAUUGAUCUCAAAUGGUGUGGGUGGGAAUACAAGUCGAAGAAGAUGGAGGGGAAAGUUAAGAAAAUGGAAAGAUUUGUUGCAGUCACGGUGCAAAUGUAUCAAGAGCUUGAAGUGUUGGCUGAGCUUGAGCAAAGUCUCAGGCGAAUGCAAUGCAGUAUGGAUUUAGAUCAAGUGAAAUUGCUUGAGUUUCAGCGCAAGGUUAUGUGGCAGCGGCAAGAAGUGAAAAACCUGAGGGAAACGUGUCCGUGGGUUAGGACAUUUGAUUACACCAUCCGGCUUAUGCUAAGAUCUCUUUUUACAAUAGUCGCAAGAAUCAAACAUAUAUUUGGGAUUAAUCAAUUGGCGUCUGUUGAAAAAAACUAUAAUAGUGAACACAUGGAUCCUACUUGUCUUGUUCGCAGCCAUUCGAUGUCUACUCAGAUGCAUACUUUGGUUCAUCCAUCUGAAAAUAGCUUGUCUAGGUUUCAUUCUGGACUUGUUAGCAGGUCAGUCUCAAAUUUGGGUAUGAGUGGUUAUAAGAUUAGAUCAAGAAAGAAGCAAUUUCAAAAUCAUCACGAAUCAUUUCAUGGUAGGCCUCUCUCAUUGAGAGCCGGAGGAUUUGCUAAUGUUGGACCCUUUAAAGGAUGCAUGACAGGUGGAACUGAGUCCCCUAUUCUGCAAAGCUGCAUACUGGCAAGCACUGGCUCUUUGAGGUGUACUGCUUCUUUGUCAAAUGACAUUAACAAAAUGAAAGAUACCAACAGGAUGCCACUUCCUUGUGGUAACCUAAUUGACACUAAAGUGCCCGUUUUCAUUUCCAAGCACAAGUUACUGGAUGGCCUUCCGUGCACUCUUGGAGCUGCUGCUUUGGCUCUCCAUUAUGCAAAUAUUAUCAUUUUGAUCGAGAAGCUAGCUUCAUCUCCACAUUUGAUAAGCCUUGAUGCAAGAGAUGACUUAUAUAAUAUGUUACCUACAAGUAUCAAAGUCUCUCUGAGGGAAAAGCUGAAGUUGUUUGCCAAAUCUUCAGUCUCAUCCAUUUACAAUCCUGGCCUUGCAGCGGAGUGGAGUUUUGCAUUGUCAAGAAUACUAGAAUGGUUGGCUCCACUUGCUCAUAACAUGAUCAGAUGGCAUUCCGAGCGGAAUUUUGAGAAACAGCAUAAGGCUCCUGGGACAAACAUGCUUCUGGUCCAGACUCUUCACUUUGCAAAUCAAGUACAGACAGAAGCUGCAAUUAUAGAGCUUCUCAUGGGUCUGAAUUACCUCUCGAGGUUUGGAAGGGAAAUUGAUGAAAGGGCUUUUGUGCAGUGUUCUGGUAGAAGUGCUUGUGGUGAUCAUUUUGUCCAAAGGGAUAACGUCGUCUACACUACAUGACGAACAAAGAAGAGAUCUCUCACUACCUGUCAAUCAAAGGGGUACUGCUUGGUCAAUCAAGUGGUAUAUUUUCACUCUUCCGAGUUCUUUGUUAGUGGGAAGGCAUUUUCCUCCAUCUAUCUAAGCUACUGUUUAAGCACUCCAUCAAAUCCUUUCAUUUCAGGGUUGCCUCUGUUGUGAUUAGUUGUGUAGUUUUGUUUUGUUGAUAGGUUGUGUAGUUGACAUCCACAAAUUUGUUUAUAGAGGAUAUAUUCAGGUUCACUUCUAAUUCAGUGAAAGUGCACUUCGUUUGUC